AAUCCCAUCUCUAUCUGGCUGCACACACAGGAAGCGACAAGUGCAGGUUUAACGGAGAACUGACAGCUAUUUCAGCAAAUAGAAAGCCGUCUUUUAGAAAACAGCGAAUGGGCUGUCGUGAUGAAAACGGAAGGCGGGGCUACGAUUCCUUAGCAACGCUUGGCUCCCUGGGAGUGGUGGCGGUUGAUUCAACAUGGCGGCAGCUGCAUCAAAAAGUGGAAACUCGGGGAUAUUUUGGUUGAACGGCGUGUCCGACGAUGAACAGCCUUUGGUGUGUGUUCCUGGUGUGGAUGGAGAGGUGAGGAGGCUGACCUCGUCCAGGAUGGGGCCAGGCAUCACCAGUUCAACUAGUAAAAGAGGCACCAAGAUGCCUGCAAGGCCUAGCUCUGACUGCAGGAAAGAGCCCAUUCCUAAGAAAGGAGGGAAGAAACAAGGUCACUUACAAAGUGAGCACUCUGGGGCUUAUACCAAGGAAAAAGUGUCUGUUGGUCACCCUACCCCUCUGGUUACAGAGCACAUCCCCUUUCCUACCCCUGGUGUCUUCCUCUCCUCAACACAGGUGAUUUCGCAGACUAGUAGAGCUACGAACCUGGUGUGUUUGAAAGAUCUCUGUCCUGAAGAUAAGCGCCGGAUUGCAAACCUAAUAGAAGAAUUAGCCAGAGUGAGCGAGGAAAAAGAAGAAUCAGUGCAGCGUCUAAAAGACGGACAAGAAACCUUUGAGUGCAAGAUCCAGCAGCUGGAGCAACAGAAUGAGAUCAUAGCACAGGAAAGGGAGAGUCUCCAACAGCAGUACAAAGAAUGCCAGGAGCUGCUCAGGCUUUACCAACAAUACCUUUCUGAGCAACAGGCAAAACUUAACCAGUCCAUUGCCCAGCUCAGCCAGGUUCCAGAACGCAGAAAGGUGCUCAGCAGUGAGGAAGCCCCCAGCAGAGCUAAUGGCUCACUCUUUGAUGGCUCAUACCUCAGCCUUGACGCUGCUCGAGCACAACAGCCUCAAGUGUCCAGGAGUGGUUGUGGAGGAAAGGCAUCAGUACAAAUCUCAAGCAAUGCUGACUCUCUUUCCUGUGUGAGUGAGUUCAGUCCAAAUGAUGGGCUGAUCAAACAGCAAAGGAGUCGGAGGAGGCAGUGCAGAGAGCCACACCUCAGGUGUGAGCACUGCCAAGGCAGUGGCCGAGAUAGCGGCUAUGGAACACAACAGCGGAGAACUGAAAAUGGCUCCCGUCUGGGGAAUGACCAACACCACACCUUCAACCACGACGAGUGUGAAAGGCUGCACAGUGGAAAUGGGACUGGUUCAGAGGCCAAAGAGGCCAGGCCUCAGAUGGGUCAUGAGGACUGGGAGGAGAAGAGGCACCAGCUGCUGCUGCAGAAGAUGCAGUUGGAGAUGGAGAGAGAAAGGCUGCAGGCACGGCUGGCUGAGCAAGAGGAGAGACUUCACAGACAGAAUCAGCAGCUACACGCAUCGCGACUUGAUUACAGCAGGUUUCAACAAGCUGUGAAAAUAGAUCUCUGCAGCUCUACCUCUAGAAAUGGAGAUCCAGAGCCAGCAGGUCCUUCCCACUGGGAUUUACCUUCCAGUGUGUGUGAAGAACCAGAGGAACCAGGAAGACAGAGCUUGCAUAAAAAGCCUUCACAACCUCUAGACAAUGGCAACGAGGCCUUAAAGCGAUCCAAAAAGGACAUGUCUACAUCUCCUAUUACGUCCCCUACAAGCACGAGGAAGCCCACCUCAGUAUCUGCAAUCCAAAACACCCCUGAGGCCAGGUUGGACUUUUCUGUGGUUGAGUUAUUGGAUAUCUUUACCCCCGCCUCUGCACCUCAACUAAGUAAGCCCUCCACCCGAAGGCCUAAAACUUCACAAUGUAUGCCGGCCCUCACUGCCCCAAAACCAGUGGGCAGAACCUUGCGUACCCCUGUCGGGCCUUAUCCUCAGCCUGCCCAGCAGGACCUGGAAGAAAGCAGAAUUCUGGAGGAUAUUUUCUUCAUUUGCUGACAAAGAAUCAGAGGAAGAUCCAUUCACUGACUUUUUCACUGUCUUAGAUUCAUUUUUUAAUGGACAUUCUGAAUGAGAAUGAUCAUGUUGUUGUUGACUGUUUCCUUGUUUUUCUAAACCAAAUAAACAAAUAUUUAUUCAUUA